AUGCCCCCCAAACUUUCGCUCGCGGAUCAAAAGAAGAAGCUCAAGGAGAAGGCGCAGCGUGCCAAGGAUCAAGAGAAGAGGGAGAAAGACAAGGAACGCGCCGAGCGUAAGGCCCAGGAACAGAAGGACAGGAUCUUUGGCCUCAAGAACAAGCAUACCUCAAAGCACGCCCAGCAGUUUGUGCAGGAUGUUGAGCGAAACAUGAAGCAACUGCCCGGGGAGCAGCAGAAGGCGGAGGCAAAGAAACGCGAGAACGACAAACGCAAAGCCGCCGAGGAGCAGGCACAACGCGAGCUCGACGAGAUGAUGGGCCUUGCCAUCAAACAGCCCAAGGUUCCCGAGGGGGUUGACCCCAAGACCAUCCCGUGCGAAUUCUUCAAGAAAGGCAGAUGUGCCAAGGGCUGGAAGUGCAAGUUCUCCCACGAGAAGAACACGCGCAAGGGAACUGAGAAGAUCGACCUUUUCGUUGACCACAGAGACGAUGCUGAGAAGGAGAAGGAUUCGGACAAGAUGGACGACUGGGAUCAGGAUAAGUUGGAGAGCGUGGUGAAGGAGAAGCACUCGGGGGAGAAUCAAAACAACAAGACUGAUAUUGUGUGUAAGCACUUCCUGGAGGCCGUUGAGAAACGCUUAUACGGAUGGUUCUGGGUGUGCCCCAACGGCGGAAAUGAGUGUAAAUAUCGCCACGCCCUACCCCCGGGGUAUGUCCUCAAAUCCCAGCUCAAGGCGAUGAUGGAGGAGGAGAAGGCCAGCCAAAGGACAGAUGAGGAGAUUCUGGAGGAGGAACGCGCCAAGAUUGGGGAGGGCGUUCCCGUCACCCAGGAUACCUUCGCUGAGUGGAAGCGCGCGCGG